AUGAGGAGCCCGCGGGAGCUCGCAGACCGUUCGAAGUAUUGUCGAUUCCAUCGGCAGCACGGACACGACACCGAGCAGUGCCGCGAAUUAAAGAGGCAAAUCGAUGGGCUUAUCCUCAGAGGACACCUCAGCCAGUACCUCCGGUCGAACAAAGAGCAGUCGCCUUGCCCGGAGGGACCCGUCGAGCGACACAUCGAUGUGAUAGCCGGGGGUCCCGCAUCAGGGGAGGCUCCACGUCUGGCAGAAAGGCGUAUGCCCGAGCCGCUCCCGACGAAGCCUCGGGACACGGGCCCGAGCCCGAGAUUACCUUCCCAACCGGAGCCGCUGAGCGACCCGACCACGACGACGCCCUGGUGA